AUGAUCGAGACUAGACUAUAUAUAGACGAGAAAGAAAUUAUUCGUUGCCGCGGGAGAAUUCAUAAUGCUCCAAUUAGUGAAAAUUCAAGAUUUCCGUGUUUAUUACCAAAUAAUUAUCAUUUCACUGAAUUGCUUAUAUCGGAAGUUCAUAAGAAUUUAAAACAUUCAGGAGUAUUAGCCACAGUCACCGAGAUUCGCCAAAAUUAUUGGAUACCUAAAAUACGUCAACAAGUGAAAAAAGUUCUUCGUAAAUGCGUCACUUGUCGUAAAGUAACCGGAAAACCGUACAGUGCGCCAGAUCCUCCACCUCUACCAAAGACAAGAUUAAUGGAAGCACCACCGUUUACCGUCACAGGUGUUGAUUUUACUGGAGCGUUAUAUGUUAAAGACAAUAACGGACAAGGGAGCAAAGUAUUCAUAUGCUUAUUUACAUGUGCGUCAACGCGCGCAGUGCAUUUAGAGGUCGUCACAGAUCUUAAAGAAAGAUCUUUUUUACAAGCGUUCAGAAGAUUUACGAGCCGCAAGUCUUUGCCGAGAGUGAUGAUAUCUGACAAUGCGUCAACAUACAUGGCCGCAUCCGAGACUUUAGAGAGGCUUACCAAAUCUGAAACCUUAAAUGAUGCGUUAUCCGUCUGUGGAACGACUUGGAAAUUCAUAAUAAAACGAGCUCCCUGGUAUGGUGGUUGGUGGGAGCGCUUAAAAGGACUAACAAAAAUGUGCUUACGAAAAGUUCUUGGAAGAUCGUACAUUACAUUGGAGGAUUUACAAACAAUAGUCACCGAAAUUGAAGCCGUGUUGAACGAUCGGCCUUUAACGUAUGUGUCCACCGACAUCGAGGAUCAGGAACCUUUGACACCAUCGCACCUGCUUUAUGGGAGAAGGAUUACAACUACACCGUAUCCACGACAAGACAUCGACGAAAAUACAAGUUUCAUAGAAAGAAGCGACAUUUCUAAACGUGCUGAACUACAAACUUUCGUAAUUGACCAAUUUUGGUCACGAUGGAAAUCAGAAUAUCUUACGUCGCUACGUGAAUACCACACCCGAACAGGAGAUAACGACCAGACAAUUAAAGUGGGAGAUGUUGUUCAAAUCCAUGAAGACAAGUAUCCAAGAAACAAAUGGACAAUUGGAGUCGUUGAUUCUUUUAAAAUAACUGGAAAUUAUGGACUUACGAGAGCAGCCGAAGUGAGAACAAAAUCCGGACGCUUUUCACGACCGAUCGUCAAAUUAUAUCCCUUAGAGAUAUGUGACAAUAUCCACCCAAAGGAAACACGUGAAACUCAACAACCGGGAACUAGUAACAUACAAAGACGAUUACCGUUUCGUGAAGCCGCCGUGUGUGCCAGGAGAAACAUCCACGAAUGGACCAAGAAAUAA